CGACCCCCAGCAUGCUUUGCCCACACGGUGUCGAGCAGACGUUUCGUGUAGACAUAAUUUUUCACACAAGUUCAGCCGGUUUUAACCGUUUUCUGACAUGGAGACCCUUCUCGAGCAGCAGAGACGGUAUCACGAGGAGAGGGAACGUCUUAUGGACGCCAUGGUGAAGGAAAUGUUACACAAACCUGGAUCGCAUCGGGAACAAAUAAACUCAGAACAGAGAUGCAAGCAGCUGCUGGAUAGAUACAUGGAAGUGUGUGCCAACUUGAAGGAGUUGUACGAAGACAAAGAUGGGCUGAGGAAAGAAGAGGUGGAUGCACUGUCUGGUCCCAAUGAGUUCCAGGAGUUCUACUCUCGCCUGAAAGCCAUUAAGGACUUCCAUAGGAAACAUCCCAAUGAGAUCAGUGUGCCGAUGUCAGUUGAGUUUGAAAUGGUGAAAGAGGCAAGGGAAAACCCAACUGAUGAAGCUAUGGUGGACUUCACAGACGAGGAAGGGUAUGGGAAGUACCUGGAUCUCCAUGAAUGUUUUGAAAAAUACAUCAACCUGAAGGGUAUAGAGAAAGUUGACUACAUCACCUACCUGAACGUGUUUGACCAGUUCUUUGACAUUGCCAAGGACAGGAAGAAUGCACAGUACAAGGACUACCUGCUGACGUUACUGGACUACCUGCAGGGGUUCUGUGCCCGUGUACACCCCCUGUUGGACCUGAACGAGGAGGUAGAACAAGUCAUGAGGGACUUCAACCUCCAGUGGGAGACUGGCACCUUCCCAGGCUGGCCGAAAGAGGCAAGCAGUGCUUUAGCUCACUCUGGUGCCCAUCUGGACCUAUCUGCCUUCUCCUCAGCUGAGGAGUUGGCCUCCCUUGGUCUUGACAGGUUAAAGUCAGCCCUGUUGGCUCUGGGACUCAAGUGUGGAGGAACACUGGAGGAGAGGGCACAGCGACUCUUCAGCACAAAAGGAAAGAGUCUUGAGGAGUUGGACCCUUCACUGUUUGCCAAGUCCAAGCCAGGGAAGGGCAAAGGAGCCAAGGAUGUGAGUGAGAAACAGAAGGAGAUCGCCAGUCUUGAGGGACAGGUGUACCGACUCUCCGAGAUACUCAGUGAGCACCGAGCGGCGACGCGUGAGAACGUGCAGCGCCGGCAGGCUCGUACGGACACAGAGCGAGAGGACGAGGACGCAGAGGAGUUCAGCGAAAGUGAGAGUGAAGACGAGGAAAAUGAGAUCAUCUACAACCCCAAGAACCUUCCACUGGGCUGGGAUGGCAAGCCGAUCCCAUACUGGCUGUACAAGCUGCACGGCCUGAACAUCAGCUACAGCUGUGAGAUCUGUGGGAACUACACCUACAGGGGACCCAAGGCCUUCCAGAGACACUUCGCUGAGUGGCGCCAUGCCCACGGCAUGAGAUGUCUGGGGAUCCCCAACACUGCUCACUUCGCUAACGUCACCCUGAUCGAGGACGCUGUCGCACUGUGGGAGAAACUGAAGACUAGCAAGUCUGCAGAGCGGUGGCAGCCAGACCAGGAGGAAGAGUAUGAAGACUCAACGGGUAACGUGGUCACCAAGAAGACUUAUGAAGAUCUGAAGAGGCAGGGGCUGCUGUGAGGGAAACGGCCAAGAUUUUAAAGUCAAUCCCACUGAUGACACCAUGUAUAGUGGUCAUUGGAAGAAACGUACUUGGAAGAUCAAGUAAAAAAAUUUAGAGUCAGUCAGCUUCUCUUAUCAUGAUCAUUUUCACACCAUUGUAUAGAUCAUCAGUUUGGGAAUGUGUCUCUUACACAAGGGAACAAUAUAAAGCAUGUCAGAAAUGUAUGGCGUAUGUACACACAUAAAGCUUUUGUAAAAACUGAGACCUAGAAUGUCACAAACAGUUGUGUCCAGUGUACCAUUUUGUUUGUUUCUUAUGUCACUUGAUAAAAAAAUUAAUUUGUGUAGUACAAAUACAUUAAACAAAGACUUGUACUUUCUUAUUCACUAUUAUAAGGACCAAAGUUAGGACAUGAUGUAGAUUCUGAUAAAGGAUAUGUUACACAAACUAUUUCUCUGGUUUGUAACACUGUAUUCCUGUUAUUUUUCCAUGUAAAAACAACUGUUUAGUGUUAGGGGGAAUAAAAAAAAA